CCCACCCUUCAACAUCCACAACCCCUUGUCACAGGGUGUCAGAUCCUUGUGGAACACGAACAACGUCGCGAAAUCGUCUAGUCGGUGCCUGCACUAUGGAAAUCCCAUCCCAGGUUCGACGCGAUGUUCCGGCCCAGUACACGGUUCCUCCGUUUCCCUCCCUGUUCUGGCCGCCCCAGGAGUUCCGAGUUAUCCUGUACGAGCUAGAUGAAAUGUGGAAAUUCACGCUGUACUGGACCUUGAUUCUCUACGGUCUCUUCCACCUGGGCGCCGUCGGGGUUGCCGUGCUGAUGCAAGUGGGCAAGCGCAAGUCUCACUGGAAAUACCUCUGGCUUGUGCCUCUAGUCUACGCAUUCGUCGCCGCCGCCGAGGCCCUCAUGGCCGGGAGCGUCGUAGGCUUGAUAGUCGGCGCCGGUUAUCUUGCGGGCGGCUUCACAAUGACGACUUGGAUACCCUUCGUCUGGGGCUGGGUCAAUGUCCUCGUCUUGAUUGUCUCCUCGUUUAGGAUACAAGGCGGCCUAUAAUGCAAACAAGGGCAUUGCAGCAACGGCGAGACAACAGCACAACGGCGACGCAACGACUACAGUAACAGUAUUACAUACACGCAUGAUAUGCAGCUCAUCAACGCUAUCGCAGCGAUUGCGUCAUAACGGGGUUUGGACCCUGCAAUAUCCAUGCCAAGCAGCCAAACCAGCGGAUGGCUGCCGGGGACCCAGCCUGUCACUGCGCGCCAGCGCUAAAACCGUCGACCUGAAAUGGCCGAGUGGGAACU